CCAAUCAAAACCAACUCAAACCGCAAAAUGGCGACUUUGAAAGUGAGAUUGAGAAGCACUGCUGCUUUUUCACCAUCACCAUCUCCGAAAUCUUGGCCGCGCAUCUCAGAUUCUCUCUCCAAGAUAUCAGUGACAGCCAGAUUUCCAAACGCCGCCGUAUUGUCUCCACCCAAGCUUCGUCUUCGAGCUUCCCCUGGAAAGAAAACCAGAGCUUCAGUCUCUGCAACUAUGGCGACUGGCGGGCAAGAGGUUCUUCCACCAGCUCUUACUUCUACAUCGGACCCACCUCCAAUCUUCGAUGGAAAUACAAGGUUGUAUAUAUCUUACCAGUGCCCGUAUGCGCAGCGUGCGUGGAUUGCCCGGAAUUGUAAGGGAUUGGAGGAAAAGAUACAGUUGGUUCCUAUUGAUCUGCAAGACAGGCCUGCUUGGUACAAGGAGAAAGUCUACCCUGCUAACAAGGUGCCUUCACUUGAACACAAUAACGAAGUGAAAGGAGAGAGUCUUGAUUUGAUUAGAUACAUUGACAGUCACUUUGAAGGGCCUUCACUGUUCCCUGACGAUCAAGCAAAGAAAGAGUUUGCAGAAGAGUUGCUGUCCUACACAGACACCUUCAAUAAAUCUGUGUUUUCGUCAAUUAAAGAAGAUGAAAUCAAGGCAGCUGGUGCUUCAUUUGACUAUAUCGAAACUGCUCUUUCCAAAUUCGAAGAUGGACCCUUCUUUCUUGGCAAGUUCAGUCUGGUGGAUAUAGCUUAUGCUCCAUUCCUUGAAAGAUUUCGGCCUCUCUUAUUGGACGUGAAGAAGUAUGACAUCACUGCAGGCAGACCUAAACUGGCAGCAUGGAUUGAGGAGAUGGACAAAAAUGUAGCUUACAAACAGACGCGGCGUGAUCCCAAAGAGCUUGUCGAAAGUUACAAGAGACGGUUUUUGGCUCAGAAAUGAAAUCAGCAUAGCAAAGUUAGGAAUCGAUGCAGAUGUUCCAAGUUUCGCUCGUAUGCGUUGCAAAGUACUGAUGGUGGUUCGGAGAACCUGGAGAACCAAAUCAUAAUUCCCAAAAACUGGGGGUGUAAUUAUUCAAGCGAAUCUUCAUUUCUUGUGUAAUAAGUUAGCUGAAUUGGUACUUGCAGCUUUCCUUUUAAGAAUAAUUUUAUGUGAUAACCAAAUUGUUAGGGACUUGGUUUUCUUGA